CUUGCCUAGCAGCAUGUUUAGUGAAGAUGUGCCGUCGAUGGACAUGGAUAUGUCCUGAAACAAAUCGGCUGCGGGCUCGACUGCACUGUCGACCGUGCAAACGUGCCCCGGACUUGUGGCUACCACCCUGAACAUUACCAUCCUUGCACUGUCACGAUGGGAGAAUCAGGUCUGGUUUGGUUCAGCAAUCGCUUCAUAAUUGCUGGAGCGGCCCCGCUGUCGGACAUCAUCCUGACGCUCCCCUUCUUUUGGCCUUGUCCGUCCUCCGCCAUCACGCACGAGGAUGUGAAACCAAGCCUGCGUAUAUCAGACACGUCUUUUAUCCUUGGAAAACCUAGAGGCUCUCCCUUCGUCCUGGCCCUGCCUUACUCCGUUGCCAAACGGCCGUCUGGUGUGGUCAAAUCCCCUUCGACGGCGUUGUCUGGCCAGACCCCGAAGCUGCGUUGGGACAAACGAACCAAAUUAUAUCGUUGAUCUCGGCCCGCCUGUUUGCUGUGCAACCAAAGAGCGGACGUCGUGGGCGUCAGUCACCCCACGGAACGAAAUCCAGAGACGGUGGCAAGAAUGAUAACGCCAACACAAGAGCAGUUUCGUUCCUGGAGUAUCGACAAAACAUCGCAAUACUCGUAUGAAAGCCCUGCCAGCGAGUCUUCGUCAGGAACAUACUUCGAUGCUGAGGAGAAGAUAAGGAUCUCAGCCGCCAUGGAAGACAUCGGUCAUGUUCUGAAGGAGCAGAUGACCCCGAGCCUUGAGCAAGAAUACCAGUCAUCCGAGGAAGCCUUGUCCCCAAUGCUCGAUGAGGAGACUACAGGGGCUGAAGACGACUACGACGAAGACGAGGACGAGGACGAGGACGACGACGACGACGACGCGGAAGAAAGAAAUGAGACGCAAGCAUCCUGGACCGAGUUGGAGCCGUACCGUAUCGACGUCGCCGUUGCAAUUUGCAUCGCAGCUCCGGGCAAAGCACACGUCGUCAACGUUCCUCAACGGUGGUCAACGCUGAACGACCGCCAGAGCUAUCUGUCAAACAGAUCGAGUUCGCCGUCGCCUACAAGACCCGCGCGAACAACAGCACGAUCUAUUCCCUUGCAUCUAAAUACUGAACUGGCCACCCGAUCGGCCCACGAAUCUCUCAGCAGCGCCUCCAGCUAUUGCGACACCCCCGAGAGCCUGUGCCAAGAGAAGACACCCGCCAGCUCUUCGCACUGCGGCAUGCCCUCGACAGCGUCUAUGACUUCAUUUGAUCCGUCCGCAAGCACGCCUUCCUUCCUCGAAUCAGACCCGUACGAGACAACGCAGCCAAGGCCGGGCAGCACCACUCGUUCUCGUCUCCGCAGCAUCUCCUCCAAGUUCAGGUCCGCGACGAGCACGCCGGGAUCAGAGCAGCCGGUGGAAAAGGAGACGAAGCAAAAGCGACGUCGCUCGGUCGUCGGAUCCACUCCCGCAGCAGGAUCUGAACUCCCGCCUUUCUUCUUCAGCCAGCGGGCUCGUGACCAGUGGUACCGCGAGCACGCCACCUCGAAAAGCGAGUCUGCGUCACCGCGCAGCGCAACUCCGUCCGCUCUGGCUGGCACGCCCGUGCAGCGCAGCUUCCCCAAGAUGGUCGCUCGUGGCGCGAAUGAACGAGAGCCGACGAUCGAGCUGCCUCCUUGUCCCAAGGAUUACGACCAGGAUGUGCCUGCGCUGACAAGCCCACAAAGGCGGCGUCGCACCUCGCUGUCGAGAGAGAUCCACAGCAGCUCCAGCAUGAAAACGUCAUCCUCCUCGACCGUAAAUCUUCUUCUCCGCCAAAGACGCAGUACGAUGGCCCUCAGAGGGGCUUGAGCUACGCGUGCCAUGAUCAUUUGCUCUUGGCCGACGAAAACUUGGACGUUUUCUCACGUGCAACGUGGCAUGUGAAGAGGAUCUGCGUAUCACUUAGAGAGGGAGUCCUUGUCUAUUCGAAAGGCACUAUACGCAUCCUUGUCUUUCGGUUCACCCAGCUCGAACAUCAUCGCUCUGAGCGCAACUGCACUCUGGAUCUCAUACCUUGUAUUAUUGCUUCUUUGUCAUUGUAUAUAUAUAUAUAUGUAUACCCCACAUUGCGUAUUGCGUAUUUAAAUUGCUGUCAUCACUGUAACGACCGGUUUGAAAGACAGAGCUGCAUUCAGAGGUUGACAUUAUUGGCUGGGGAAGGACCUCUGCUGCCUUGCUUUUUUAUUUUUAUUUUUAUUUUUGUUUUCCUCUCUCGCCAGGCAUAUAACGACCAUGUUCUAGAUGUAUAAUCCUUAGAGAAAGGAAUAAUGAC